AGGCGGAGACCUUGGGCCAAGAUGGCGGCUUACCUGCAGUGGCGGCGCUUCGUUUUCUUCGACAAGGAGCUGGUGAAGGAGCCGCUAGGGAAUGAUGGGGCAGCUCCUGCGGCUGCACCUGCCUCAGGACCCGCUGCUUCCAAGUUCCUCUGCCUCCCUCCCGGCAUCACUGUCUGCGACUCCGGCCGAGGGAGCCUAGUCUUUGGAGAUAUGGAAGGCCAAAUCUGGUUCUUGCCUCGCUCCCUACAGCUGACAGGCUUCCAAGCCUACAAACUGCGGGUGACACACCUGUACCAACUGAAGCAGCACAAUAUUUUGGCAUCUGUUGGUGAAGAUGAAGAAGGCAUCAACCCCCUGGUAAAGAUCUGGAACCUGGAGAAGAGAGAUGGUGGCAAUCCACUCUGCACCCGAAUCUUCCCUGCCAUCCCAGGAACAGAGCCGACAGUUGUGUCUUGUUUGACUGUCCAUGAAAAUCUCAACUUUAUGGCCAUCGGUUUCACAGAUGGCAGUGUUACAUUGAACAAAGGAGACAUUACCCGGGACCGGCAUAGCAAGACCCAGAUUCUGCACAAGGGCAACUAUCCUGUAACUGGGCUGGCCUUUCGCCAAGCAGGAAAAACCACUCAUUUGUUUGUUGUGACAACUGAGAAUGUUCAGUCCUAUAUAGUUUCUGGAAAGGAUUACCCUCGUGUGGAGUUGGACACCCAUGGUUGUGGCCUGCGCUGCUCAGCCCUAAGUGACCCUUCACAGGACCUGCAAUUCAUAGUGGCUGGAGAUGAAUGUGUCUAUUUGUACCAGCCUGAUGAACGUGGGCCCUGCUUUGCCUUUGAGGGCCAUAAACUCAUCGCUCACUGGUUUAGAGGCUACCUUGUCAUUGUCUCCCGUGACCGGAAGGUUUCUCCCAAGUCGGAGUUUACCAGUAGGGACUCACAGAGCUCCGACAAGCAGAUUCUCAACAUCUAUGACCUGUGCAACAAGUUCAUAGCCUAUAGCGCUGUCUUUGAGGAUGUAGUGGAUGUGCUUGCUGAGUGGGGCUCCCUGUACGUGCUGACGCGGGAUGGGCGGGUCCACGCACUGCAGGAGAAGGACACACAGACCAAACUGGAGAUGCUAUUUAAGAAGAACCUAUUUGAGAUGGCCAUCAACCUGGCCAAGAGCCAGCACCUGGACAGUGAUGGCUUGGCCCAGAUCUUCAUGCAGUAUGGGGACCAUCUCUACAGCAAGGGCAACCACGAUGGGGCUGUUCAGCAGUAUAUCCGAACCAUUGGAAAGUUGGAGCCGUCCUAUGUGAUCCGCAAGUUUCUGGAUGCCCAGCGCAUCCACAAUCUGACCGCCUACCUGCAGACCCUGCACCGGCAGUCCCUGGCCAAUGCCGACCACACCACCCUGCUGCUCAACUGCUAUACCAAGCUCAAGGACAGCUCGAAGCUAGAGGAGUUCAUCAAGACAAAGAGUGAGAGUGAAGUCCACUUCGAUGUGGAGACAGCCAUCAAGGUCCUCCGGCAGGCGGGCUACUACUCCCACGCCCUCUACUUAGCUGAGAACCAUGCCCAUCACGAGUGGUACUUAAAGAUACAGUUAGAAGAUAUCAAGAAUUAUCAGGAAGCCCUCCGGUAUAUCGGCAAGCUGCCUUUUGAGCAGGCUGAGAGCAACAUGAAACGCUAUGGCAAGAUCCUCAUGCACCAUAUACCAGAGCAGACGACCCAGUUGCUGAAGGGGCUCUGUACAGACUAUCAGCCUAGCCUCGAAGGUCGAGGCGAUCGGGAGGCCCCAGGCUGCAGGGCCAACUCUGAGGAGUUCAUCCCCAUCUUUGCCAAUAACCCUCGAGAGCUGAAAGCUUUCCUGGAACACAUGAGUGAGGUCCAGCCCGACUCACCGCAGGGCAUCUAUGACACGCUUCUGGAGCUGCGACUGCAGAACUGGGCCCACGAGAAGGAUCCCCAGGUCAAAGAGAAGCUUCAUGCAGAGGCCAUCACCCUGCUGAAGAGCGGCCGCUUUUGUGACGUCUUUGACAAGGCCCUGGUCCUUUGCCAGAUGCACGACUUCCAGGAUGGGGUCCUUUACCUCUACGAGCAGGGGAAGCUGUUCCAGCAGAUUAUGCACUACCACAUGCAGCACGAGCAGUACCGGCAGGUAGUGGCCGUGUGCGAGCGCCAUGGGGAGCAGGAGCCCUCCCUGUGGGAGCAGGCACUCAGCUACUUCGCCCGGAAGGAGGAGGACUGCAAGGAGUACGUGGCCGCUGUGCUCAAGCACAUUGAGAACAAGAACCUCAUGCCGCCCCUACUAGUGGUGCAGACGCUGGCCCACAACUCCACAGCCACCCUGUCUGUCAUCCGGGAUUACCUGGUCCAAAAACUGCAGAAACAGAGCCAGCAGAUCGCACAGGAUGAACUCCGGGUGCGGCGGUACCGAGAGGAGACCACCCGCAUCCGCCAGGAGAUCCAGGAGCUCAAGGCGAGUCCGAAGAUCUUCCAGAAGACCAAGUGCAGCAUCUGUAACAGUGCCUUGGAGUUGCCCUCCGUCCACUUUCUCUGCGGUCACUCCUUCCACCAACACUGCUUUGAGAGUUACUCGGAAAGUGAUGCCGACUGUCCCACCUGCCUCCCUGAAAACCGGAAGGUCAUGGAUAUGAUCCGCGCCCAGGAACAGAAACGCGAUCUGCACGAUCAGUUCCAGCACCAGCUCAAGUGCUCCAACGAUAGCUUCUCUGUGAUCGCGGACUACUUUGGCCGAGGUGUUUUCAACAAAUGGACUCUGCUGACCGACCCUCCCACGGCCCGGCUGACUGCAAGCCUGGAGGCUGGACUGCAGCGGGACCUGCUCAUGCACUCCAGGAGGGGCACUUAAGCAGCUGGGGGGGGCGAGGUGUGAGAGUGGGGGUGCAGCAGUGGAGACUCGGGGGACAGAGGCAGGGCUGUUGCACAGGAGUCAGGCACAUGUGCCCAGGACUACACCCUGAUCCAACACCAUAGCCCUCAGGAGUAAAGGGGACUUUCUUUUUCUCCUUCCUUCUUUGGCCAGCCCGCCAUUCCUCCUGUUGACUUUUCGAGCAGUGUGGAUCAUUCCAGACCAGCGGGGGAGGGCACCUCAGCGACCUCUGAGUAUGAACAAUAGCUGCUUUAUUCUCUCUCCAAGAGCACCAGGCUGUGCUUGGGUCCUUGCUCCCAGAGUCUAUAAAUAAAAGAAUAUAAUAGUUUG